CUGUUUGUAUAAAAGGUCCCUGACGCCAUUGGGAUAACAAGUUAACAGUAUUAGCGGACGUACAUUUGUGAUGCCGAUAGUCGAGGCUGAGACGCCAGUUGAGACCGACGGACAUUUCUAGUGCCUGUGUAAUAUUUGUUUGUUGUCAUAAACAAAGGUGUCACAACGGCGGUGUGAAUCGUGAUAAUUUUAGUGAAAUAAAAUGAGAAAGGUCUAGUUAAAAUGGAAGUCGCUUACAGCAGUGCCCUAGGUCAACCUCACCUGUCACAUCUGCCACAAAGGCCACCCAUACAUCUCGGAUUCCAGGACCUAUCCUACAGUGUGCCCGAUGGAAAAUCAUCAAAAUUGAUAUUAAGAGGACUCAAUGGGGAAUUUCGUUCGGGACAGUUGACAGCUAUACUCGGACCCUCGGGUGCUGGGAAGAGCACUCUCCUUAACAUACUAGCUGGAUACAGAGUAAGCGGGUCGACGGGCUUAAUUUCGACGAAUGGCGAGCCCAGGAAUCUUCGCUUGUUCAGGAAGCUGUCCCGGUACAUCAUGCAGGAGGAUUUGUUGCAGCCGCUCAUCACCGUCCAGGAGGCCAUGUCGAUGGCUGCGGAUCUGAAACUUGGCAGCGAAAUCAACAAGGCAGAGAAGAAAAUUAUAGUAGAAGAAAUUAUAAAAUUAUUAAGGCUGAAUAAGGCUCGGAACACAUCUAGCGAGCGUUUGUCUGGCGGAGAGCGGAAAAGACUCUCAAUCGCUUUGGAGCUUGUCAACAACCCGCCUGUUGUGUUCCUAGAUGAACCAACGACAGGUCUAGAUGACGUGGCAUCCUCGACCUGCGUGUCGCUCCUGAAGCGCGUGUCUCGAGGCGGUAGGACGGUGGUGUGUUCACUGCACACGCCGUCUGCACGUCUUUUCGCGAUGUUCGACCACGUCUACGUGGUGGCGGGUGGGAGGUGCGCGUACCAAGGCUCCUCUGCUGGGGUGGUGCCCUUCCUGAACGAGCUGGCUCUCCCGUGCCCGAGGACAUAUAACCCCGCUGAUUUCAUCAUAGAGGUGUCCAGCGGUGAAUACGGUUCGCACGUGGACAAGAUGGUCACUGCCGUGGACAAUGGAAGAUUGCAGAAGUGGAGACAAUACGCACUGGAGGAAGAGCGCCAAGAGAUGGAGAUAGAACAAUUGAACACGGACGUAGUGGAAAACCAUGUAUACAAGUACGAGAGCUCCUCGUGCCAACAGUUCUAUGUGCUGUUGAAGAGAAUGUUACUACAGACGGCCAGGAAUAGGGACUACCUCUGGUUGCGAGUCGGUCUCCAUUUAUUCCUGGGCGGUAUAGUCGCUGCGCUCUUCAGUGAAAUGGGCAACGACGGGUCCAAGGCUCUAUUCAAUUUCGGCUUUUGCUUCGCCUGCAUUAUCGCUAUGCUCUACACCACAAUGAUGCCCAUAUUAUUGGCGUACCCUACAGAGGUUCUGUUGGUCAAACGGGAGUACUUCAACCGGUGGUACGGGUUGAAGCCUUACUACGCGGCGUUGGUCGUGUCCAGGACACCCGUGACUAUAUUCUUCUCUCUCAUGUACCUGGGUAUCGUGUACCCGCUGACGUCACAGCCCUUGGAGCUGAACAGGAUACUGAUGUUCAUGACCAUAUGUAUUUUGACAGCACUGAUAUCGGAAUCGAUGGGCACUUUGAUAUCGUCUACUCUGAGCGUUGUUAAUUCUAUGUUCGUGGGGCCGGUGAUAUCUGUGCCAUUGAUGUUACUGUCGGUGUACGGCAUCGGAGACGGGGAUGUACAGCCUCCGAUGUUGUGGAGGUUGGCCCGCGCCUGCUCCUUCAUGAGGUACGGCCUCGAGGGUCUGGUCGCCGCGGUGUACGGCCCCCCUAGAGCCGACCUCACUUGUCCGGAGCACCUCGUCUACUGCGAGUACAAGAACGUCAGGUAUUUCGUGAAGCUGAUGGGUAUGUCGGGUGUCUCGUUUUGGUACGACUUCUCCGUGUUACUCCUGAUACUCUUCUGUAUGAACAUCGGCGCAUAUUAUUUACUAAGACAAAGGCUCUCGCCGAACUACGCUUUCAAAACGAUCAAACUCAUCGGAAGGUUUGUUAAAACUAAAUUAAAAGUUUAGAUUGCAAGAUGUUUAGUAGCGAUAUAGUUUAAAUACAUAUCCGCCAUGAAAUCUGUUUUAAGAUAUGUAUGACUUUUUAUUGUAUAAAGAACUUUUAUUAUGACAGAACAUAUAUAAAAUUGUGAUCCAAACAAAGAUAUUGAUUCCUAAAAAUAUGUUAAGAAUUACGACAUGAUUAUUUUUAAGUAAAUUGUUUUGUAUAACACACGUGUAAGCAGUGAACAGUUUAGAGUACCCUCGGUUUCCUCUAUUAAUUAAAGUAUUCUUUCGAUAUUUAUUAGUCACGAGAUAUCUUUAAGGACCUACCUAACCUUGCGAUACUUCAUUUAUGAUAAAUGUACUAUUUAUAUUGAUGAACACAUACGGUCUUUUCACAAAUUUUGUAUUGGUGUAACGAAAGUUUCAUACAGGGUGUUUCUUUUUUAACUACUAUAAUUUUGUGAUAACUAUAAUAUGAUUUUAUUGCUUCUAAGCGAUAUACUUGUAUAGUGUCUCUGGCUAUUGAAUUUUAAGGUAUGUUUGAAGUGCGAUUAUUUUAAAAUUGUUCAAAUAAUUUUUGGAAUUUCUUUUGUUAGUAUUUUUCUUUUUUUUUUUUUUGUAAAACUAUUUAAAGUAAGUUUAUUUUAUGUCGGUGUUGAAUCAAAUGUGGAAUGUUCUAGAAAUUUAUCGUAAAGGGUGUUAAGAUAAGACUGGUUUGUAAUAUCGAGUUGGUUAUAAUAAAUAAUAAUUGAAAUAUGUAA